AUGAGAAGCAUGGAGCAAAGUCUCAAAAAUAUACAAGGUCUGAGUGAGCAAAAGAGCGUAUCUUACACUGACCUGUGCAUGUUCCAGCACGUACAUCUACCCUUGGGUUUCAAAACCCCGAAGUUUGAAAAAUAUGAUGGGCAUGGGGAUCCCCUUGCCCACCUCAAGAGAUACUGUAACCAACUGCGGGGAGCGGGCGGAAAAGAAGAGCUGCUCAUGGCUUACUUUGGAGAAAGUUUGGUCGGUAUUGCUUCAGAAUGGUAUAUGGAUCAGGAUAUAUCUCGCUGGCAUAUCUGGGAUGACCUGGCUAGGGACUUUGUCAGGCAGUUUCAAUACAACAUCGACAUUGCCCCUAACAUGAAUUCAUUGUCAAAUCUAAACAAGAAGUCCUCGGAAAGCUUCCGAGAGUAUGCUGUCAAAUGGCGCGAGCAAACCGCCAGAGUUAAACCUCCAAUGGACGAAACGGAGAUGGUUAGUGUCUUUCUUCAAUCCCAAGAGGCUGAUUAUUUUCAAAACAUGAUGUCUGCAAUGGGUAAGCCGUUUGCCAAAGCCAUCAAAAUCGGUGAAAUGGUUGAAAAUGGGUUGAAAACAGGGCGAAUCUUGAGUCAGUCUGCUAUAAGGGCCACCUCCCAGGAAAUCCAAAGAGGAUCUGGAGGAGUAGAAAAUAGAAAGAAGAAGGAAGAAACAUCAAUGGCGACUUCAAGUGUAAGAAAAAACCGUCCACCCAGACCUUAUCUCUCGGACAGGACCCCACAACAUUAUUAUCCCCCUCAAGAUGUGGCAUACGCCAUGGUUCCUCAACUAUACGGAGUGAUGAAUGCCCAACCUUAUGUUAGGCCACAACAACAAUUUAAUCAGAACCGAGCUCUAUUUCCUAGAAAUCAACCUCCUCACCAAGCUCAGUAUAAUCCCGGACCCCCACAGAACAACUUCCAUGCCCGAGAACUACCCUGGAUGCCAAAAUUCACACCUAUUGGGGAGUCAUAUUCCAGCCUUUUCCCCAAACUUGUUCAGAUGGGUUUGUUGCAGCCUGUACCCCAAACCAGGCAGAACCCAGCGUCGCUCUCUUACAGAGCUGGUACUCGAUGUGCUUACUACUCAGGGGCGGAAGGGCAUGAUACAGAUGACUGUUGGACCCUAAAGAGGGCUGUGGAAAAUCUGAUAGAACAAAAGAGAAUAGUGCUAAAGGACGAAGAUGUUCCUAAUGUAACCAAUAAUCCAUUACCGGCCCACAACAAUGGGCCGGUUAUUGCAAUGAUCUGUGAGGAUAAAGAAUUUGAUCCAGCUCUAAAGGCCAUCAUUGCCAUAGCCGAUGUGGAAAAGAAGCCAAAAGCUGUCGCAGAACAAGACACGAGGGAGAAAAAGAGUAAAACCACCCCUUAG